AUGCUAGCCGUCGAUUGGAAGCUAUGGAAAUCCUACAUCAAGAAAGCUUCCUCAAGAUCCAUAACUAUUCGUAUGCUCGGCAAAGUCGCAGCCUUGAGAGAGCUGUUCAGGGCAAAAUCGGGAAUUACCAACAGUCACGAGUAUUUAUCGGGGGACAUUGGUGUCCCAGAGAAUAAGAAGGAGACGAUCAAGACUCAGGUCAGUUUCAAGAGGUUACAAAACGAGCCUAGUGAGGAUUUGACCGUUUUCAGGCAGCACUCGACUGGCUCGAGCCUCAUGGCACUCAGUGAUGCGGCCGAUGAAUUCUUUGACGUGCCCGAGCCGUUGGAUGACGAGGGCUUGGACAGCGAGUGGAAUGGAAGCUCUAGUGCCGAGUAUGGUUACGCGGAAGCCUACCAGCCGAAAUUGUCUUCCGCCGCCAUAUUCGUCAAGAAAUUGCACGAUUUUGCAGGAGUCCAAAAGAAAGGUUACAUGGAUUUCCAAGAGAUAUCUCGGGAAGGAAGCUUGUCACCGAAUUAUGGCUCCACGCUUCCAAAAGACUCGACUUCUAACAUACCGUGCACCUGGUCCGCGUCUGAUCCUUCCUUGUUCCUUAUCCGUGGUGAUAAUUAUCUAGUCGACAAUCUAAAGGUUAAGGCAAAAGGCACUUUACUGCAAAUGGUUGGUGCUGAUUGGCUGAGAUCCGACAAGCGAGAAGAUGAUCUUGCUGGUCGAUAUGGUAGCAUCGUUCAGAAAUAUGCCGCUCGUGGGGCACCCGAGUUCUUCUUCGUCAUCAACAUACAGGUAAGAAUGUUGCCAAAAGAGAAGUUCAAAAAAAAAGGUUGA